AUGUCAGAGGCCUCGCAGGGGCCCAGUGGAAGCGCGGCACUUGACACCGCCCGUGUGGACGAGCUUGCCACCGACCUGGUCAGGACUGUCGAAACUGGCCGAAGACAGCUACACGAGGAAAGGGAGAAGCUCAUCUUGGAAUUUGAGGCCUCACGUGUCCAACUGCACACUGAGUACUCGCACAGGCUGCUGCAAGCAGAUGAGGACCUUCGCUCCGUGCAGGAGGAGCGCUCCUCCCGACGUGAAGCCUCGUCUGUGAACUUGCACGAGAUUGUCAACCUCAACGUGAAGACCCCGCUUUUUCACAACAGUAUUGACAUGUACCAUCCUACCACUAUGCCUCGGCCCUGGUUCUUCACGCUCAUUCACUCGCACACUAAGGUUGGGGGCAAAACGUACACGGUGAAGCGUGAGACGCUGUGUGUUUGCCGGGGGUCCUUCCUGGCCGAGCUGUUUUCUGGGCGCUGGGACCGGCUUCUCCAGAAGGACGAAAAGGGUCAGUUCUUCUUGGACAUCGAUCCGACAGUCUUCGACAUCGUGCUGGCUUGGCUGCGGGACUGCAAGAUCGAGAGCCCGACGCGGCCCGCAUCGUGUCCGACCGUCCCUGAGGAGCACAUGCAGCACUUUCAGGCUGCAGUGGAUUAUUUGGGCCUGCGGCCUUUUCUCGCCGUUGGCGGUCUGGGACCCAACGGUUGGGCUUCGAGCUCUGCCAUGCCAGAGGCCCCUUUGAGAGAUGGAGGUCCACGCCCCGCGGGAAGCUUCCUGAAGGCCGCAGGUUCUUUGAGCUCCUUGUUGUCCUCUUGGCGAUCUUCGGGCUCCGCACCUCUCGUCCGAGCAAGUGAGGCGCAAGCCCUGCCAACUUCGAGUGCCGCAUCAGAGCCUACGCCUUCGAAGGUCGUGGGUUGGUCACAGCGGAGCUCAGACCCUGCAGUCUGCAGGAGGGAUGAGGAGGUGACGCUGGCUCUCAUCCCAGAGACGCGUGGCUCUGCCACGGCCCGUGCGACUCGUGGCUUCCAGAGCGGCCAGCACUGCUUCGGAGUGAAAGUCGUCGUGGGCGCUGAUGGUUUCGUUGGUCUCGUAUCUCCACAGUGGAGCGUAGCGGCAGCCGCAGCGUUGCCGUUGGGCCGGUCACCACACUCCUGGGCCAUAGCCUCCGAUGGCACCGUCUGGGUGGCAGGGAGGGAGCUGGAACGCCUCCCGGUGGCUUUCGCAGAAGGGAGCUGGAUUGCCUUCGUUCUGACGCUGCCGGCAGUGGGACUACGGACGGCCACCGUGUACGUCGACGGUCAGCCUUUCGAGAAAGUCUUCACGGACCUGCCGGACACGGUGUAUCCGGCAGCAUCAAAUCUGAGAUUGCCGGCCCAGUUUCGACUUCGGUGCGAUCUCUCCUUGGAGGACCUCAUCCAAUCCAAUGCUGUGGAAGCCUCACCACCAGCCGAGUGA